AUGGUGUUUGGAGCGGAGACGUCGCCCGCGGUGGCUUUUCAGAAGGACGCUUUCGAUCUGACCGUGGAGGAGGUGUACAAUAUUUCCUACGUGAUCGGCCGGGACCUGCGGAAGAUCAGUGGUCUGGAGAGGUCUGGAGAGGAGGUGUCGGACCUGCAGUCCAGGAUAGUCCGAGUCCUGGAGAUGUUUGAGACGCUGGUGAAUAAAUACAACUUGUCCCUGGAGGAGCUUCGCAUGGAGCGGGACAACCUGAAGGCAGAGCUGCAGAAAGCCCUGUCCGAGGGGGGAUCCAGGGAUGGCACGGUCAACGCCCAGCGCGCCCUAGAGCUCCUGCAGCAGUACCGUCUCAGACUGACCCAGAGGCCGCAGUCUCCAGGAGGGGAGGACGACCAGCAGCUGCAGCGCAGUCUGGAGAGGGUCAUCAGUGUGUUCCAGAGCCAGCUCUUCAACGCUCUCCUGGGUAAGACCACACCGGAUUAA